AUCAGUGUUUUUUAGAAGGGAAAAAAAAAAAUGGAAUCUAGGCAAGCAGUAAAAGAAGAAAGGGCUGAAGCAGCUGCAAGAGUAGCAGCAGAUGAACUUCAUGAUGUGAAUAAAGAAAGAAGACAAACUGAAUAUGAGCAAAAGCCCGGUGUUAUUGGCAGCAUAAUUAAAUCAGUUCAAGGAACUCUUGGACAUGCUAAAGAUGCUGUCACCGGAAAAGCUCACGAUACUGCCGCGGUCACCGGCGACACCGCUGGGAUAGUGGCGGAUAACGCAAGACAUGCAAAAGAUACUACUGCUGGUAAAAUGGGUGAGUAUGCUGAAUAUACUAAGGAGAAGGGUAAGCCCACUAAAGAAUCUGCUGCAGAAAAGGCACAACAAGCUAAAGAUAGUACUACUGGUAAAAUGGGCGAGUAUGCAGAUUAUGCUAAGGAGAAGGGUAAGGCCACUAAAGAUUCCGCUGCAGAAAAGGCAACACAAGCCAAGGACACAACGGUCGGGAAAAUGGAAGAGACCAAAAAUUAUGCUGCAGAUAAGGCCAAGGAAGCGAAGGACACAACUGUAGGAAAAAUGGAAGAAUACAAAGAUUAUGCUGCAGAUAAGGCAAAACAAGCAAAAGACAGUACCACUGGUAAAGCAGUUGAGUACAAGGAUUAUGCUGCAGACAAGGCGAAACAGGCAAAGGAUACAACUAUGGAUAAAGCAAAAGAAGCAAAGGACACAACUAUGCAGAAAAGUGAGGACUACAAAGAUUACACAGUCGACAAAACUAAAGAAGGGAAAGACGUUACGGUUGGAAAAUUGACUGAGCUGAAGGAUAGUGCUGCAGAUGCAGCGAGGAGGGCGAUGGAUAUGUUGACGGGUAAAAAGGAAGAAACUAAGGAGAAAAUGGCAGAUACUGCUGAGGCGGCGAAACAGAAAGCUGAGGAAACUGCGGACGUAACUAAGCAGAAGGCCAACGAGACGGCUGGAGCGGCCAAGCAGAAGGCAGGAGAGACUAAUGAAGCUGCCAAGGAGAAGUAUCAUGAGACUGAAGAAGCAACAAGAAGAAAAAUGGAUGAAAUGAAAAUACACGAAACCGAUGAGAAUAAAGCUUCUACUGGUGGUGGUGGUCUUUUUGGUGUGCUUGGAGGUAUGAAAGACGCAAUUAAAGACACAUUAGCACAAAAACACACAACCGAUGAGACUACCGGAGGAGGAUCGAAGCUCGUGGUGGACGUGGACGUGGACGAUACACGGGCUGGUAAAACGGCGGCAACACUGAAAAUGGCCGAUCAGGUGACCGGUCAGACGUUCAAUGACGUUGGGAGAAUGGAUGUUGAUGAAGGCAUUCGAUUCGUUUUUUAUUAUUUCUGA